AUGAUAUCCCACGUGUUUUUCGCUUGGUACCUCCUUCUGCUGUCCAUUUUCGACGGGGGGGUGGUCGCUAGGAGAGGGGGAGGAGGUAAUUAUGAUAGCGGCAGCAAUAGUGACAGUAGCAGUGACGGCGAUAGUGAUAACGGCAGUGGUGGAGGCGACGACAGCUCAAGUCCUUCAGGGUGUGGAAGUGGAGCAAGUAAUGCACUUAGCAACACAUAUCUUGUUCCUAGACAUGCGUGGAACUGGACAUCGCAAAGCGGUGCGUACUCGACCGACAGCCCGACUAUAUACGACGGUUCAUACUUUCAAGGAGAAGGGUAUCUGUCAUACAAUAUUACGAAUGGAAACAAAUGUCAAAGUACGAAGCAGCUCCGGUUGUUAGGAUAUGCUUGGAUAGGGCCACAGCCUCCAUACCCAGCUGGAUCUGAAAACCCUUUUAUCAUAGGGUUCAAGGCGUGGGAAUCCACCAAAGCUGUGAGCGAAAUUCAUACAUCCUAUACACAGAUCAUAUGGGAAGGAGACUCGUGUGCUUCAGAGCCGGAUCUCUUCGGCAUCGUCACAACUAGAGGUUCAGCUUCUCGCACCGAAGCAUCAGACACAAUGAUCAUGAAUGUCUCAACUAGUCCGGCAGCGCCGGGUGCCGUUGACUUCAAUGCUUCCACAGUUACUGAUCUUAGUCCUCGCAUCAGUGAUUCCGAAGGCUUAUUCCGUCUCCGAGCGCAGAGUUGUGCUUCGCAUGAUACAGAUAUGCGCUGGCCAGCCACGACGGUCAUGCAGGGAUCUGUAACAAAUACCACCUUGGGGCUCGAAUUUUCUGGUUCAGUUGACAUGAAUUCCACCCAAUACCAGUUCUAUGCUGGCCGCGACGAGAACCUCAAGGUAAAUUUUACGGUUACCUUCUCUGGGCAGUUCGACAGCGUUAAUUCGACUCAUGCCCUCAAUGUCCAGCAAGCCAAUCAAAGUCUUGCAUGGGUACCGAAUAGUGCUGUCAAUAUUGUACCAGGCAGCUGGGGUUAUAUCUUAGCAGGUGCUGCUGGAAUACAAAUAUUGGCUUUGAAUAUAUGGGAUCAUUCACCACGUGAUUGUGCCCAACAUAAAAACGUGCACGGUUCAUAUUACAAAUACCCUUCCAAAAGCUAUGUCAUCAAACUGCGACGACUGCACCUUCAACCACUGGCACUGGAUCCUGGUCUGGAUCUAUGCAACAUGGUGGGACGAGUCGACAAUCAGUCAUCGUUCAAGACUGGACCCUCCGCCAAGUGCGAGCUCCUGGCUUGA